UUUAUAUUUUAUUGAUGUAUUGUUGGCUUAUGAUUUUCUGUAACGUUGCUGCCCAAUUCACUUAUGGACGAGAGUCUAUAAGGCCAGACAGUGAAAGUGUUGCAUUAAAUAUACUGGGCAAGCAGAAUUAUAACCGUCAUACAACGAUAAAUUCGAGUAUUUGGCAUAUUCUUUAUAACUUAUUUCGAAACAUUAUCAAAAGUUUGGCUAGUGAUACUGGGCUUAGAAAUUCGGGAACUUUCUUACAAAAACGGUUGCCACCACAUAUUCCAUUCCCGUGCCACAGAUAUAAUCAACGUAGUGGUGCGGUGCCAGAGAACGUUCAUCAAUUGCGACCAGGUGAUAUUGAUAUAGUGGCGGCACUUGGCGACUCAAUGACGGCCGGAACCGGAGCAAAUGCAAUAUCAAUUCUUGAGACAAGUGUAGAUAAUCGUGGUAUUGCAUUUAGUAUUGGAGGUUCUCUUUCUGAACGAUCAUUUGCCGCAAUUGCGAUCAUUUAAUGCAAUUUAUUUUAGGACAAGGAAACUAUCGCAGUCACUUGACUUUGCCAAAUAUUUUGAAAGAAUUCAAUCCACGUUUGAUUGGAUUUUCUUGGAAAGAUGCUUCCAGUACGGAUCGUGGUGCCGUCUUUAAUUUGGCUGAAGACACAGCUCUAACGAGUGAUAUGCCAUUUAUGGCAUACAAACUUUUGCGUCGCAUGCGUUUGGAUCGUCGUGUGAAUUUGGACAGACAUUGGAAAUUGAUUACGAUCACGAUUGGUGCAAAUGACUUUUGUCUGGAUGUGUGCCAACAAAAUGUUCAUCCAAUGGUAAUAAGUCAAAAACAAGAGGAUAAUAUUGUUAGAACCUUGCGAAUAUUGCGCGAUACAAUGCCCAGAACAUUUGUAAAUUUAGUGGCUGAACCAUUGUCCAAUUUAAUCAUGUCGAUGGAUGUAAUUUUGAAUCUGCCACUUCCUUGCCGUGUCGGUCGAAAGAUGUUUUGUUCGUGUUUAGAAGGGUUACGUUACACUCGGGCACGUGAUUUAUACAUCGCUUUGGAGCAAAAUUACAAAAGGAUCUUAAAUCGUGUUGCUCAUCGUGCUGAAUUUCAGCGAGAUGAUUUCACGGUGGUUUUUCAACCGUUUGGAUUAAAUGCAUCUGUGUUUAUAGACGAUCGAAAACCAGACAUCAGCAUUAUGGCAUAUGACUGUGUCAAUUUAAGUCAAAUUGGGCAUGCUGUUUCAGCUAAUAUGCUAUGGAACAAUAUGAUGCAAGUUGAAUCACAAAAAACCAGUGGUUUUAGAUCAUUGUUCAAGGAAUUUGAAUGUCCCACCGAACAAAAUCCAUAUUUACGAACGUAUUUUAAUAGCUUCGAAACUAUUUUAACAGCAAAUCCACCUUGGUAA